AUGGGGUUUUUCACCCUUCAUAUUCUGGUGCCACUGGUAUUUUGCUUGGCACAAGGGAGUCCUCAACUCCGAAGAGCCAUUGACCGCCAAGGGCAAUGUACAUAUACUUUUACAGUGCCCAGUCCUUCAGAAGGAAGCUGUACUGAACCUGGAGAAGCAAUGACAACUAUUAGGGAGCUUCAACGUGAAAAUGCAGCCCGUACCCAAGAGAUGGCUGCCUUACAAACCAGGGUCAGUUUGAUGGAGAAGAUGCUGAAUAAAUUCUUAGGUGGGAAAGACCUACAACAAGCCACUUCUUCACCUCAAUCAUGGACAGAUAAUCAGAAGGAGCUGGAGACAUUAAGAAUGCAAAAGGAUGAAUGGGAAGGACAGAGAGUGAGUCUUGAGAUGGCCUAUUCUGACCUCUUGAAGGAAAAGACAUCUUUGGAAGAGGAAAAACAAAGAAUAACUGAGAGACUAGAGAGAGUUCAAGGACAAUGUCCAUCUGUUGCUGAGGUAUCAAGGAACAGGGACCAGCAGGUUUCACCAAGGCAAGGACCGUCACCUGCCGAAACUCCUGGAGCUGGAGGUAGAACAUCCUCUGUAGCAGUAAGAGAUAGAACAGCAGACUUGUCUCCAUGGGGUGCAGAUGGUGUAGGCUACCAGGAGCUGAAAUCAGAACUUACAGCACUUCCAGCUUCAAGAAUGAUGGCAGAAAAUCAAUCAACUGAUCAGAGUUUGCAGAAUACUAGAAUGGGUGGAAGCUGCGGUGAACUUACCUGGGUUGGAGAACCAACAACAUACCGAAAGGCUGACAACAUUGCUGGCAAAUAUGGAGUCUGGAUGAGAGACCCAGAAGCAGUUUCUCCAUUUAAUCAGGACACUAUCUGGCGGAUAAAUACAGUGGGAGCAGAUAUACGCCAAGUGUUUGUUUGAGUAUGAAAAUCUUGACCAGUUAGUAAAAGGUUAUCCAUCCAAGGUCUAUGUAGUACCUCGCUCCAUGGAAAGCAAUGGUGCUGUAAUCUACAAAGGUUCCCUCUAUUAUGUACGACGAAAGUCUAGAAUAAUAGUCAAGUAUGAUUUCAAGACAGAGACCAUUGCAAUUCAGAAAGAGCUUCCAGAUGCUGGAUAUCAUGGACAGCACCCUUACUCUUGGGGAGGGUAUACAGAUAUUGAUCUGGCUGUAGAUGAGAUGGGGCUAUGGGUUAUCUAUAGCACAGAUAAAGCUAAAGGAUCUAUAGUUAUAUCAAAAUUAGAUCCAAAAACGUUAGAGGUGAAGCAGAGCUGGGAAACCACAAUUCGCAAAAAUUCAGUGGCCAAUGCAUUUAUGGCCUGUGGUACCCUAUACACACUUGGAAGCUAUUCUUCCACUAGCACCACACUCAAUUUUGCUUAUGACACUCAUACUGGUAUUCAAAAGCAAAUCAGUGUCCCAUUUAGGAAUCAGUAUAGCUAUGGCAGUAUGGUGGACUACAACCCCAGAGAAAAGAAAAUUUAUGGCUGGGACAAUUAUAACAUGGUUACCUAUGAUGUGAGGUUGUCCAAAAUGUGA